UAUUGUUAUUAGUCGUUUUAUAGUAUGAAAUUUAUGAGUCGACAUGUCACACCUUUUCUUAAAAAACAAAAUAUUGCAUGAUAUAUAUACACACACCAGAAACUAUGAAUACCUAAUUCUAAUACUGGGUGCUCGAGGUAGAAGAUGAUAGCAUCAAAGCCUAUAUAUCAUCAUCGCUCAUCCCUUGUAAAGCAAGUACUAGCUGCAAUGGUCCAGAACUGCCCAUUGGAUGCCUCACCCAACAAGAGUUGCAACCAGCCAUGGACAACUGACUCUGUUUCCGAGGUACUCCGAUCCAUACCCAGACUCUUCUUCCAGUCACCCCGAUCCAUUGGCCGCCAAAAAGGCUUCCGCCAUCGCUCACCUCUCAAGCAAAGAAACCUUUAUCAAGAACCCAAUAAAUUUCACAGAUAUAGGGACCCCCACAAGGUGAAAUUAGGGGUGGAGAAGGCAAUGGAGUUCUACAGUUGGGUCGAGACCCAGUUCGGGUUUUCCCACAAUGAGAUGACAUGUAGAGAGAUGGGUUGUGUUUUGGCUAGAGGGAAUAGAUUGAAGGUGCUUUGGGAGUUUCUCCAUGAAAUGGGAAGAAAAGGGGGAAAUGGGGUUGUGACUACUGCAACCAUUACCUGUUUGAUGAAAGUUCUGGGAGAAGAGGGGCUGGCUAAUCAGGCAUUGGCUGCAUUCUAUAGGAUGAAACAGUUCCACUGUAAACCGGAUGUCUAUGCAUAUAAUACGAUUAUUUAUGCGCUUUGUAGAGUUGGAAACUUUAGGAAGGCAAGGUUCUUGUUAGAGCAAAUGGAGCUACCGGGCUUUAGAUGCCCGCCCGAUACGUUCACCUACACUAUCUUGAUUGGUUCUUAUUGUAAGUAUAGUCUGCAAACUGGGUGCAGGAAGGCAGUUAGGAGGAGGUUGUGGGAGGCAAAUCAUUUAUUUCGUAUUAUGCUGUUUAAGGGUUUUGUUCCUGAUGUUGUGACUUAUAACUGUUUGAUUGAUGGUUGUUGCAAAACUUAUCGAAUUGAGAGGGCAUUGGAGCUGUUUGAUGAUAUGAAUAAAAGGGGCUGCGUCCCGAAUCGGGUUACUUACAAUUCUUUUAUCAGGUACUAUAGUGCAGUUAACGAGAUUGAUAAAGCUGUUGAUAUGUUGUGCAAGAUGAAAGAGAUGAAUCAUGGGAUACCCACUACAAGCUCUUAUACUCCAAUUAUCCAUGCUCUUUGUGAAACAGGAAGGAUGCUAGAGGCCAGGGAUUUUCUUAUUGAGUUGGUUGAUGGGGGCUCAGUUCCCAGGGAGUACACUUAUAAAGUAGUUUGUGAUUCUCUGAGAUCAGCAGGAGAGGCUAAUAUGCUAGGCGAUGAGUUGCGUGGAAGAAUUGAAAAUGGCAUAGAGAAUAGAUAUAAGCAAGUAAUGAAGGUGAAACCAAUUAUGACACACAGAAUUUCCUUAUAGCGUGGAGGGAUUUCUGGGGGAAUUUAUGAUACUCAACCAUCAUGAUGCACAGAAUUUCAUUGUAGGGUGGUGGGUUUUCUGGGGGAAUUUAUGAUACUCAACCAUUCAAAGAACUUUACAUGAUGAAAAGCCUUUCAGUGUACUUUUGGUUCUGCGGGAUAACAUGGAGUUCAGGGUGGGGAGGGGGACUAAGGUUAUGUUCUGGACUAACCAUUGGUGCGGCAACGCAGCGCUGUCCCAAACGUUUCCCCAGCUUUAUGCCUUGGCGGUUUGCAGUAAUGCGACGGUGAAUGAGGUGUGGGACCCAAGGCUUGGCCAAGGAGAGUGGAAUCUCAGAUUGUCUAGAGAUUCUAAUGACUGGGAGCUGGUGUUAAUAGAAGAGUUGCUUCUUUUGCUAAGGGACUUCAGGUUAUCUUCAGAGGAGAACUCAGUGUUAUGGAAAGGAGGGGGUCUUGAUAUUUUUCGGAUUCGGGUGGCUUAUAAUCUGCUGGCAGCCCCCAACCCCCUCGUUUUUCCGAAAAAAACAUUUGGGUGGACAAGGUCCCAACCAAAGUUGCUUUCUUUGCGUGGGAGGCUACUUAGGAAAAAAUUCUCAUGUUGGAUAGGCUACAAAAGCGUGGGUGGCAGCUCCCUAAUCGUUGUUUUUUGUGUGGUUGUGAAGAGGAAAAUGUAAAUCACAUUCUUUUACAGUGUACAGUGGUCAGGGCCCUGUGGGAGAUCGUCUUUGCCUUAUUUGGGGUUCAGUGGGUGUUUCCAGAGACGGUCAAAGAGGCGUUAUUCUACUGGUGGGGCCCUUUUGUGGGUAAAAAAAGGAAAAAGAUAUGGAAUUCCAUUCCGUUGUGUAUUUUUUGGACGGUUUGGAAGGAAAGAAAUAGGUUAGCUUUUAGAGGGGGAUCUUUGGCUAUCAGACUCUUAAGAAUUCUUUUGUAUGUAGUUUGUGGAGUUGAGCUAAGGUGUAUAGGGGAAAGGAGUCAUCUUCGCUUUUAGGCUUCUUGGAGUGGUUAGCGGCUCCCUAAGGGCUUGUGAGGUGUUCCUGUUUUUGCGCUUUUGGCCUUGUGGUUGCUUUGUAUACCACCUGUAUGCGAUGAGGGCAAUACCACACCUUACAUCUCUCAUAUCAUUAUAUUUUGGGUGAGGAGAUAGGCUCAGCUUGUGAGUUGCUUAGAAUGUCUUACCAUCUUGAAGGCAGUUCAUGACUGCUCAGCAAUGAAAUAGAACAACAAACUGAUGACAAUCGACGAUUGCGGUUCCAAAAUUUGAAAGCCUACUACUUUCAAUGCUGUAAAAGGUAGUUAACAUCGUGCUUUACAUGUUAUCAUAAGAUGUUUUCCUUCAGUUUUCGGGCAAAAGAAGUCACUGAGCUGAAGGACAUAGCUAUAGAAUCGGACAUUCUUGUGAUAUGUUGUGAGGCAAUGGGAACUGGAGGAGCAAAUAUCUGUUAGCCAUCUUGGCCAUGGCUGGAAAGUUUGUAAGCAACCCAAGAUGAAUAGUAUGACUAUAUUUUUCAGUUUAUUCUAGCUGGUAAAUACUCUUCUCACUGUAGAAGAGGUGAAGAAAGCAUGAAA